AUGAGCCUCACCAAGUUAAGAACACUAGAGCUGAGCAAUAUAUUGCCAGUCAACAUCAAAAUACUGAGUGAGGGGGGCAAGCAAACAAUCACAGCGGUGGAUGCUAGGGAUUAUGGUUUAUUUCUGGCCGAUGAAGACACAAAGAAAGGAGUUUGGCUAGAAUCUGGUCGCAGCUUAGAUUACUAUAUUUUGAGGAACGGAGAUCUUUUAGAAUACAAAAAGAAAUUAAGAAUACUGAGAGUGCGUAUGUUAGAUGGGAUGUUAAAAACUGUUUUAGUAGAUGACAGUCAACUAGUGGCUAACCUUAUGGUGGUUAUAUGUACGAAAAUAGGAAUAACUAAUCAUGACGAAUAUUCCCUGGUUCGUGAGUUUGUUGAAGAGCAAUCCGAAAACAUUAAAUCUGGAAAUUUUAGUACGUUAACAUUAAAGAAGAAAAAAGAGGAGAAAGGAGACAGAGAUGUCAAGAUGGAUCAAUUGAGAAAAAAACUAAAAACUGAUGAUGAAGUAAAUUGGAUUGAUCCUAGCAAAACUUUAAGAGAGCAAGGUAUUGAUGAAGUGGAGACCGUAUUGUUAAGAAGAAAAUUUUUUUUCUCUGAUCAAAAUGUUGACAGUAGAGAUCCAGUUCAACUAUCGCUACUUUAUGUACAAGCUCGGGAUGCUAUUUUAGAUGGAACACAUCCAGUAACUCAAAGUCAAGCGUGUUUUUUUUCUGGUAUCCAAUGUCAAGUGCAGUUUGGUGAUUAUAACGAAGAAAAGCAUAAGCCUGGAUUUUUAGAUUUGAGAGAAUUCUUGCCACAAUCGUACUUCAAGGUUAAAGGAAUAGAAAGAAAAGUUUUUGUUGAAUACAAGAAGCAUAAUGGAUUAUCAGAAGUAGAUGCUAAAGUAUUGUAUACUAAAACUGCAAGAUCCUUAAAUACGUAUGGAGUAACCUUUUUUCUUGUAAAAGAAAAGAUGAAAGGAAAGAACAAAUUGGUACCUCGGCUUUUAGGUGUAACGAAAGAUUCGGUACUAAGACUUGACGAAAAAACUAAAGAGAUCUUAAAAACGUGGCCCUUAACAACUGUAAGAAGAUGGGGAGCAUCUCCAAAUACAUUUACCCUGGAUUUUGGAGACUAUUCUGACCAAUAUUAUAGUGUUCAGACAACUGAAGCUGAACAAAUCUUACAAAUUAUAUCUGGCUACAUUGAUAUAAUUUUAAGAAAACAAAAAGCUAAAGAUCAUUUUGGCAUCGAAGGAAAUGAAGGUUCAACUAUGGUGGAAGACAGUAUAUCUCCUUUAAAAGCAACUAUAAUGCAGCAUGAAACAAGCCCUAUGGGUAAAGGAACAGUGGAAUCAGUCUCCGUAGCAAUACCAGCUAUUAUCAGGAGUGGUGUUGAUGGAGAAAAACUUUAUGGAACAGGAUAUUUAGAUUCUGCUCAAUACACUACUGUAUGUGGUCAAGUAAACAUUGCUCACGCUCCAUCUGUAAUGCAGCAGACUAAAUUUUUAACGGUAACAUCAGAACCACAAAUUGCCUUGGUAUCUACUUUAGCUACAGCGAAAGAAAUAAUUAAGAAUGCUGAGACCCACUUAUCUUGCACAUCAACUAUUCCAGAUACCAACAACGAUUUAGCCUCAUUGCGUUGGAGAGAAGAAACGGUUGAUAUACACAAGCAAAACAUUGGCUCUCAGAUAGCUGCAAUGAAUGCAGCUACUGCUCAAAUGCUUACAUCAACUACUGGACAGCAAGAUACUGUUGAUUAUGCUGCAGUAGAAUCAGCAAUUACGACGAUAACAACAAAUUUACCAGAAUUGACUAAGGGCGUGAGAAUGAUUGCUACCUUAAUAAAAGAUAACUCCUCUGGUGAUAAACUCUUAAAUGCUGCACGUAAGCUUUGCUGGGCAUUCUCUGAUUUAUUAAGGGCUACUGAGACUCGAUCAAAAGCGGCUAGGCAUAGCUUAUUGAAUGCUGCAUCUCAUAUUGGGGAGGCAUCUCAUGAAGUGCUAUUUAAUAUUGGUGAAGAGGGUGUCCUAAAAAAAGAGACACAAGAUGUCCUAUUAUCGUUGGCAAAGACUGUUGCUAAUACAACUGCUGUACUAGUGUUAAAGGCGAGAAAUAUAGCAGCAAUUUGUGAAAACUCAGUAACACAAAACCAUGUAAUAUCUGCUGCUACUUAUUGUGCUCUUGCUACAUCUCAACUAGUAGCUUGCGCAAAAGUUGUUGCACCAACUUUAAAUACGCAAGCAUGCCAAAAUCAAUUAAUAUAUGCAGUUAAGGAAGUGACUAAGGCUGUUCAAAAUCUUGUGGAGGUUUGUGGUAUGGCAAGUACGGAAAUAAAUGUUUACGAAGACUUAAGUUUAGCUGCUUCGAAUGUGACAAAAACGCUUAAUAAUUUUCUGAACCACAUUACGUUGGUUACUCAAGACAAACUUAGCGAAGAAACUACACAGGAACAAGCAAUAGAAAAAAUAUUUUUUGCAACUGACAAACUUUUUUCUAUUUCUGGUGAUGCUGCAGAAAUGGUCAGACAAGCUAGGAUUGUUGGACAAGCAACAGCACGACUUAUACAAAGUAUUAAAGGUGAUGCAGAUAAGCGUUCCAAUACAGAGCAACAAAAAAAGUUACUGGCUGCAGCAAAAGUACUGGCUGAUGCUACUGCAAAAAUGGUUGAAGCAGCGCGACAAUGUGCAAGUAGUCCCCAGGAUAAUCAAGUUCAAAAUUAUCUUCGCCUGGCUGUUAAAGAAUUGCGUGAAGCUACAGCAACAGCCGCUACUCCAGCCAUCAGGCGAAGCUUGAUGUUAAAAUUAGAAAGAUAUGCAAAAGUUGCAGCUUCAUCCGCAACAGAAUACAUAGCAGCUUUAGCAAGAGUAGACCCUUAUAUCGCAAACAGAAUUACUCAAAAGCAAUUGAACGAGAAAUGUAAGUGUAUUACUGAACUGAUCUCAGAAUUAAUAUCAGGAGUUAAGGGAGCUUCGUCAGAACCUGAUGAUUCUAUGAUGCAGCUGAACUUAAUAAAUGCUUCUGAAAAAUUUUGCCACUCAGCAGAGUCCAUGAUUAAAGUGGUAAAAGUAGUAGUGCCUACCAUAUCUGAUUACUCUUUAUCUUUAGAACUUGAUAAUAACUCUCAACAGCUGGGAACAGUAUUAACGGAUUUAAGAUCCGCAUCUUGCCAUGCACGGGAAGUUUGCACUGGUCUUCAGCUGGAUGCUGCCGAAACAUCUGUAAAUAAAUUAAUUUCAGAACUUCAAGAUUUGUCCAACUCUAUUAUUCUUACUAUAAAACCUUUACCAGAAGAAAAUGAGGAGUCAUCAUUGUUAAAACUUAUCACCAUCUGUCAAAAAUUACGAUUUUGUACAUCACAAAUUGUUACUGCAGUAAGACAACAAAGUGAUUAUUACACAGGAAAUGCUGCUGCAGAGUAUGCAGCAGCAUUGAAAGACUUACAUUCAGCUAUAAAAGGAGUUCUAUAUACAAUAGAAAAUCAAGAUACGAAACAAACUAUUCUGACUAUAUCCAUUAAUAUCUUAUGUAUGUCAGUUCAACUUAUACAAGAAGCAAGGACUGCUUUACAUAAUGAAAAUUAUUUAAGUGAUGUCGAUGCUUUAGCAGCUAUUGAAAAAAAAAUUUUUUGUCAUCUUGAUGAAUAUAUUUCUUCUUUACCCUGGCAAAAAAGCAUUGAUGACACGAUUCACCAAAUAAAAGAAGCAAGUCACGUACUCGAGACUGAUUGUAGAUCAGAAAUACAGAACUUUUGUGAACUGCAGAAUAAUUUAGCUGCUGCUGCUGAUGAUCUGAAUAAUGCUUCAUCAUAUGUUUUAUCGUCGAUUCGCUUUCCAAUUCAACUGUCAACUACAUUAGAACGAUUCAUGUCUACUUUUUGUUCGUUGAUUGGUACAGGAGUAAAUUUAGCAGGACAAACAACAAACGAUACUCGUUCAAGAAUUAUUGCUUCUCUUAAAACAGUUAGUACUAAUGCUAUAAAUCUACUAUCGACUAUUAAAUCUAUUGCAGUAGAGCCCAUUGUUCCCAAUAGAAGAAAUCAACUUUCUUUGGUUGGUCGCUCUUUGACUGACGCUAUUAAUUGUUUAAUUAAUGAUUGCAUAUCAGAGACUCCAGGACAAAUUGAGUGUGAUAACUCUGUAAGAAGUAUCCAAUCAAUGAUCCCUCUACUUGAAAAUUCAUGUGAACCAAUAUCAGAUUGUUCUUACUUUAAAUGUUUAAAUAUUGUAAUGGAAAAAAGUAAAAGCUUAGGUGAUGGUAUGACUGGUAUCGCUAAUCAUGCUAAGAAGUCUGAGCAUGACCUAUUUUCCAAAGCUAUUAAAGAAGUUUCAUAUUCCAUUUGUGGCUUGAUUGAAGCAGCUGCUCAAGCCUCGUAUCUAGCUGGAGUGAGUGAUCCAUUAUCCCUUUCCGCAAAAUCUGGAUUAAUUGAUCAAAAGCAUUUUUCAAGAGCAGUGGAAUCAAUCCAUUCAAGUUGUAAUGUAAUAUGUAAUCCAGCGGUGUCUCAACAACAAAUUCUAGCUGCUGCUACAUCAAUUGCUAAACAUACAAGUGCUCUAUGUAAUGCAUGCCGCUUAGCUUCAAGCAAGACUAAUAAUCCAAUCGCUAAACGACAUUUUGUUCAGUCAGCUAAGGAUGUUGCUAACUCAACAGCUUCUUUGGUAAGAGAAAUAAAAGUUUUGGAUGCAAACUUUUCCGAUAUAAAUCAGGUAGAGUGUAUAAAAGCAACAAAACCAUUACUAGAAGCUGUGGAUAACCUUUUAACUUAUGCUAGCUAUUCAGAAUUUAGUAGUCAACCAGAUAAAAUAUCGACUGCAGCUGUAAGUACUCAAGAACCUAUAAUUGAAGCUGGUAAAUCUAUAAUUUCAAGCUCAUGUGCUAUGAUACUUACUGCAAAAAGUCUUUCUGUUAAAUGUAAAGAUCCACCCACAUGGCAGCUAUUAGCCAAUCACAGUAAAAGUGUCAGCGAUUCUAUUAAAGCUCUAGUUUCUUCGAUGCGUGAGAAGGCACCUGGGCAGAAAGAAUGUGAUUUGGCUAUCACAAAAUUAACACAAAAAUUACAGGACCUUGAUACAGUAUCUUUAAAGAUACUUUCACAAACGUUAGUUUCACAAAAUAAGAAUUCUUUUCAAGGAUUUAUAGAUCAAAUGAACAAAAUUAUUUAUGAGUUACGGGAAAGAAUCAAAUUUUUACAAAAUGUUGCUAAGUAUGAGGCAGAAAAUGUUGGUCAAGUGGUAUUGCAAAUCAUUUCGUUCUUUGACCCACUAAUAGAUAGUGGAAUAGAAAUGAUUUCUCAUUUGAUGAAAUCAAAACAACAAAUUUUUCUGUUAGAUCAGACUAAAACAGUACUUGAAUGCACACUUCAGCUUAUUUUUGUAACUAAAGAGUGUGGGGGAAAUCCUAAAGCAACCAACCUCCACGCAGAGUUGGACGAAAGCGUAUAUUCAACUAAGGAAUCUCUUCAAGAAUUACAAAGUACUUUUGAAAAUAUAUCUAUAUCCAAUGGCACAGUUACAGGUUUAACCGAUCUCAUAUUUCGGGCUAUUAGACAAUUACAAGAAAAUGUCUUAACUUCACAAGAUUCAUUUGAUUCUUUUGUUACUUACCAAGCCCGCAUUAUAGAAGCUGCAAAAGAUAUAUCACGCAUGGCACUUGAAAUCUUAUCUAUAUCGAGAAUGGAGAAUACAAAACUUAAUUCACUUGUUAUUAAAAUGUCUCAUAAAUACACUGAUCUUGCUCAAGACACUUUGAGAGCUACUAUUGCAACAUUUAAUGAAGAAAUGUCAACGAAGUUACGUAUAGCAGUUCAAGAGUUGGGAAAUGCAUGCUUAUAUUUAGUUCAAGAUGCUUGCACUUGUCCAAUUAUGUCAAGUGAUUUAGAAGUCUAUGAAAAGAGUUCUGACUACAGCAAAAUUAUAGGAGAAAAAGUAUCUCUUAUCCUUGCAAUACUCCAAGCUGGAUCUCGCGGUACACAAGCUUGUAUCAAUGCAGCAAGCACUGUAUCAGGAAUAAUUGGAGAUUUAGAUACAACAAUAAUGUUUGCUACCGCGGGUACACUACAUGCUGAGAAUGAGAACGAAACGUUUGCUGAUCACAGAGAAAACAUACUCAAAACAGCUAAAGCACUCGUAGAAGAUACCAAAACAUUAGUAGCUGGAGCAGCAUCUUCUCAAGAACAACUAGCCGUAGCUGCUCAAAAUGCAGUUUCAACAAUUGUUGAGCUUGCUGAAGUUGUUAAAUAUGGAGCUGCAAGUCUAGGAAGUGAGAAUUUAGAAGCUCAGGUGAUGCUAAUAAAUGCUAUUAGAGAUGUCACUUUUGCUCUUGGAGAUCUUAUUCAAGCUACAAAAGCUGCAAGUGGAAAACUCGUAAAUGAUCCAACAAUGGCCCAGCUAAAAGAUUCUGCAAAGAUAAACAUCCCUAACUUUCAAAUCAUUCGCAAAGACAGACAAGUAGGACAACAUGGUGGUCUCGCCAUUCUAAUUGAACAAAACAUCAAAUAUAAAGCCAAAACAGCUAUAUUCAACAUUGACCACAAGAUUGAAACACUGGCUAUCUCGAUCCCUAUCAUCAACAAUAAUAGAUCUUCCCAAGACCAACUGUUAAUAGUCUCUUUAUACCAUGUACCUAACACAAUAAUCAGCUCCAAUGAAUGGAACAACCUACUUGACGCCAGUAAAAACUAUCAGUUCUCUCUUAUUGCUGGUGAUUUUAAUGCCCACUACCCCCUUGGGAUUUCCACAAAUCUUGUACCUCAGAAAAUAAUCUGCACGACUCCCUACAUAACUACAAUCUAG